AUGGUGGCUGCUGGAGCACGCUUUCUCUCCUCUUUUCGUGAAUCAGCUACUGGAAGCGUGAAGUACUUGCUGGAUGCUGGACCAGGGCUGCUGGGUAAAUAUCCAACAGAAUCCUUAUUCCGCAAGCAGUAUGCGGCCAACAGAAAACCGGCGGUGACUGCUGCGGAGCUUGUCCAUACCAAGCAGGAGAAGGAUGAGACCCUGAAAGCUUUUAUGCAACGGUAUAUUGAGAUGGCCCGGCGCGUAAAGGAUAUCACUCCCGCUUUCAUUAUCAGCAAUUUAUCGUCCUGCUUAAGGCCGGGGCAGUUUGUGGAACAGUUGUAUGCUGAUCCUCCCGCCUCCAUGGAAGAAUUGCAAUCCACUAUUGCAAAAUUCAUCCGCAUCGAAGACCACCGUAACUCCCGAAAGAAACAGCACCAGGAUAUCUCCAGCCAGGAGGCAAGGAAACUAGUGAAGCGAUCCACUAACGACUACAAACCGGACCGACCACCUCGGAAGGAGGCGGGGUGGAUGUCUAAGUACGAUCGUUACACGACUCUCAAUGCACCACGGGCGAGGGUGCUUGAAGAGGCCUUGCACGCCGAACUCUUGACCGUGCGACGAAAGGCCACCCCGAAAAACGCAGACAGUAACAAAACCUGCCGGUUCCAUAUGAACCAGGGACACGACACAGAAGAGUGCAACAUGGUGAAAGACGAACUAGAGAGACUCAUCCGGGCAGGUUAUCUUCAGAAUUACAUUAAGGAUAGAGUCUCCACUAGAGCUGCCACCCCUCGCCGAGGAGAUCCUUCUAGGCGAAGCCCCCAACGAUCACACCCUAGAGAUGAUCGACCCCGAAGACGAUCACGUAGUCCGCCUCGACGGACAGAGAGAGAGCGCUCAGUCCGAGGCCGCAUUGACACCAUAUCUGGCGGUUUCGCCGGGGGGUGUGUCAGCUUCAGCAAGGAAGCGACAUUUGAGACAAUUGAAGUCGGUUCACAUGGUCGAACGUAA